UCAUGUUUUGAAUUACCAUAGGUUUUUUUUUACCAUUUUCAUGACUUUCUAUUAUACUCCACACUCAAAGAUCAACGAACAGGUUUUAUUAUACCUUUGUUUAAUACAUUUUCCAGUUUGUAAAAUUCCGUAUUGAUUGGGUCUUUUUUCCCUUCCUCUCUGCAGACAUCGACAUGAUGAAAGAAUCAGUUCUUGUCCUUUUGGUCUGUUUGGCUGCUGCCUCCGCCGGCGUCUGGGGAGGCUGGGGAGUAGGAAAAAUGGGUAUGGGAGGACACGGAGGAGGUUGGGGAUUCGGAGGAGGUUGGGGUGGAGGACAGGGAGGUUGGGGAGGCAAAGGAGGUUGGGGUGGAAACUGGGGAGGCAACGGAGGUUGGGGAGGCAAAGGAGGUUGGGGAGGUCAAGGAGGCUGGGGAUACGGCAACGGCGGAGGCUGGGGACACGGCAACGGUGGACAUGGAAACAGCGGACACGGUGGACAUGGAAACAGCGGACACGGCAACAGUGGACACGGCAACAGCGGACACGGUGGACAUGGAAACAGCGGACACGGCAACGGCGGACACGGUGGACACGGAAACAGCGGACACGGCAAUGAUGGAUAUUAUGACAACAGCUAUGACAAAUACGACAAUACAUACAACACAUACGACAACAAAUACAACAACCAAUACGAUUUGUCUUUGUACACGUUUUCUGCAAUUGUGUAUCACGUAGUUAACAUUCCUGCAAGUGCCAGGCGAUUUCGAACACAGCUGCUACUGAAGACGGAUCUGACAAUUGGCGAAACGAAGUUACGAACCUUCACAAUUCCAGAUGAAAGUGGGAUUUCCCUGGAUCACAAGCCUGGUAGAGUCCUUGCCAGAAAGGGUAUCCGAAAUCUUCAGGCUAGAACAAGUGGCAAUAAAGAACAGAAUACCAUUCUGUCAUGUGGUAAUGCUUCUGGCAAGCUGAUGCCACCUCACUUCACCGUGAAGUGA